AUGUUCCGAAGUGGGUUUUUUGGGACGAUUCGGCAACAGCCCGACUUUAAUGCUGCACAAACAGCUGAAGAGUUGAGGAAUGCGAUGAAAGGAUUCGGAUGUGACAAGGCGAAGGUGGUGCAUCUGUUAACUCGCAUCAACAAUGCCCAACGACAAAUGGUAUCAGCAGAAUAUACAGCAUUGUAUGGACGUGAGCUGAUGAAGGAUUUGAAGAGUGAGUUAAGUGGUGAUUUGGAGGAGUUGGUAUUGGCGUUGAUGUUAUCACCGGGGGUGUACGAUUCGAGACGUUUACAUCACGCAAUCAGUGGUAUGGGAACAGACGAAAAGGUUUUAAUUGAUGUGAUUUGUACGCGUUCCAAUCGACAAUUGAAUGCUAUCAAAACGGCUUAUCGAGGCCAGUUCGGUGGUUCGUUAGAAAGUGCUGUGAAAUGGGAUACUUCUGGCGAUUUUGAGCAGUUACUCGUUGCGUUAUUGCAAGCGAAACGAGAUGAGAGUAAUUCUGCGAAUCGAGGAACGGCUAGAGAGUUAGCAGAGAAGUUGUAUGCAGCCGGAGAGAAGCGAUGGGGUACGGAUGAAGAUGUGUUCACAUCAAUACUUGUAAAUGAAAGUUAUGCGCAAUUGAGGCUUGUUUUCGAGGAAUAUAAUGCACUGUAUGGUCAUGAAAUUGAGGAGGCGAUUAAAGGUGAAUUUGGCGGUGAUGCAAAGAAUGGAUUCCUAACAAUGAUUGAGUGCAUUCGAAGUCCGCCUAAAUUCUUCGCCAGAUGUCUCUAUGAAUCAAUGAAGGGAUUAGGUACAAAUGACAGUGAAUUGAUUCGAGUGAUCGUUACGAGAUCGGAAUGCGAUUUAGCCUUGAUCCGCGACGAAUAUCCACAGCAGUACGGCGAGUCGUUGGUUGAUGCCAUUCGUGGCGAUACUUCUGGUGCUUACAGAGACGGCCUCGUUGCCAUUGUUCAGGGAAAUUGA